AGCAGCCAUCGCCCGAUCGACCGAUCGCAGCCGCCCGCCCCGCCGACAGCAGCCAUGUCUGAAAUGCAGCUGGAGCAGACCAACGAUGUGCGUCCCAACCAGGGCCCCAGCGAGGACGACAGCGACGACCAGCAGGACAUCAUGACCGAGAACCAGUUCGUGCUCGUCUGCAUGGCAAGCGGGAACGCCAAGCUCGUCCAACUCAAACGAGACUCUAACGUGCAGCUGGGCAAGUUUGGGCAGUUCCAAGUCAACGAUGUCAUCGGCAAGCUCUUUGAGCUUCCCAUGGAGAUCUACAACAAAAAUCAAGUCCGCCCGGCUACAAGCAAGGAUUUGCUGGAGGCAUUCGACGUCGAAGCCGAUGAAGGCGCCAACAACCGCGAGAUUUAUGACGACACAAACUCGCAGAAGCUGUCCAAGGAGGAGAUUGAGCAGCUGAAGGAGGAAGGCCUGAAGGGCAACGUGUCUGCCCAGGACAUGAUCAAGAAGAUCAUCGACUCCAGCUCAACGUUUGACAAAAAGACCGAGUUCUCAAAGACCAAGUACAUCAAGCGAAAGGAGAGAAAAUUCUCCAAGAUCAUCCAGCUCCGAAAACCCACGAUCCACGGACUGUGCGAGUUCUUCUUCAAGGAGAAGCCCGUUAAGAUUCGCGACAUUCGCGUCGACACGCUAGCGCAGCUGCUGGCAUUCACGAACGUCCGCGCUGGCUCCAAAAUGCUUGUGGUCGAUGAUACCUCGGGGUUGAUCGUCUCGGCGCUGCUGGAGCGCAUUGGAGGGCACGGCCAGCUCUUUGGUCUGCAUGAGUACGACAACCCCAACUAUGACAUUCUCCGAUACAUGAACUUUUCCGAGCGCGUCCGAGGCUGUCUGAAGACCCUGCCCUGGACAAGACUGGAAGCUGGAGAAGAUGAACUAACGGAGGGGCUGCCUCAGGUCGAUACUCCCCGCGAAACAUGGCAGCAGCGCAACACUCGGAUCGAGGCCAAGCACGCCAAGUACCAGGGCUUGCGAGAUACGCUCAAUGCCGGAGAGUUUGAUGGACUGGUUUUGGCCUCCCGCCACGACACUGUGUUGCUGUUAGAGAAGCUUGGGCACCUCGUUGCUGGCUCUAGACCAGUGGCUGUUUACUCCCCGUACAAGGAGACACUGAUGGAAGCCUUUAUGUUCCUGCGCAAUUCGCCCGACUACAUUAAUGCGCAACUGACCGAGAGCUGGCUGAGAGAAUAUCAGGUUCCCAUCCAGAGCGGAGGCACGCACCCGUUCAUGACAACCUCGGGCACUGGCGGCUUCCUGCUCACUGCCACCCGCAUCAUCAACAAUCCCAACACCCAUGCCGUCAACGCCAAGAAUAUUAGCGAAACCCACGAACGACCUGCCAAGAAACCCAGACGGCUGUAGCUGCUGCUUUGGCGGAAAGGGUGUCGGAAACUAGCCGACGCCC